GAUCAGGCACUUUCCACCAACCAGCAACAGUCUGCUUCCGGUGCUUCGGAAUUUGAACUGAUGCCGAUGGAAAGUCCAUUUAUCACGGAGGAUCAUUUCAGUUUGCCUCUUCCUGCAACUGGCUUCGCAGCAGUAGUUGUGCGUGACAUAAUCGAUCAGAAAGGUGUGACGCAUCCGGAUAUUGGCUCGAUUAUCGCCUAUGCGUUGUCUUCGAUCGAAUAUAAUACGAAGCGACGAAAACAGCGUGAAUGCGCCGAUGACAUUUCUCCGGAAAUUCAGAUGGAGUCAUUGGUAAAUGCCGAGCACAUUGAAGUUGAUUUUGCUGAUAGCAGAGCUCAAUAUUACGUGAAGAUUUAUUAUGCAGAGAGAUUCCACAUGCUGCGGAAGUUGUUGUUCGUUGAAGGUGAAGAUUGUUUUGUGAGAUCGUUAAGUGAAUCGAGAAGUUGGAAUCCACAGGGUGGAAAAUCAGGAGCUUCGUUUUACCGCACACAGCUGAAGGCCACUUUUCCGCACUUCUGUUUGGUAAAGCAUUUCGUUGGGGCCUCGGAUUGGCAGCGUCGAGUCAAGGUGUAUACACGAAGGGCAGCUCGAAUUGAUUAA